AUGGCUUCAUGUGAAUUUUCUAAGUAUGUCGGAGGUGAUUGUGGAGCAAGCUUAGUACUUCCAAGUGGUGAUUUGUGUGUAAGAAUUUCUGAAUGCUCUAAGGACAUCAAAGGCCACCUCAAGACGUGCGGCGUUUCAGAUGGUACACUAUGUUCGGAGGCGACGCUUCUGUUGGCGCGUGCAGGUAAAUCAAAUUCUAUUCGAGUUUCACCUGUAGCACGAAUGAAACAGUUAUUUUAUUCAACUUAUGUAACAAAAAUGUGCCUAAUCAUAGGUAUCUUUGAGGAACAAGAGCAAUAUUUUAAUCUCUCUAUUUGCCCAAGACACCGCGAUGCAUUUGGUCUUAGAUGGCGAAGCAACCGAAAAUUAUGUUCUUCUCCAAGUUCAUGGGCUUUUCACAGAAAAGCCAAUGUGAAGGGCGAGCGAGGGAUUACACUGAUACAGUCUCACCGCCUCUACAUGGCCUGCAAAAUCGUCAUCCCUGUUGGCUCAAGUAAGUUAGUUGAAAGUGGAAAUAGUGCCGGCCACACCCUGUCCAUUUUCCCCUUUUGAACCUGACGCCUCUAAUUUUUUAAGGUUUAGACCAUUUAUUCACUUAGAAUACUUGCUAGGUUGCUUUAUAUAUUUAGUUCGAUAUUUAAAAAAUAGUUUGUUUAUAAUUAAAAGGCUUAUCAUUAGGCCCACUGGCAAAAAGCCGCUGAGGAUGUAACUUUCGCGGACUAUAUUUCCCUAAUAAAGUUCUGUGUAUAUUCUUUUGAGGUUUCAGUUGGAUAAGCUAAAAAGUGAUUUUUCUUUCUUAGCGAUUUGUACACAAUGUCGCAAAAGAAUCGACGAAAUCAAUGAAAGCAGUGAAGGACAAUCGGCAGCAGAGGCAGCUGUACCCAUAAUGAACAGUCCGGAAGCCACUGAACUGGAUGAGGUUAGGACAAGAUUUAUCCUUCAUUUUCAAGUGGUAAAAUUCUUAGAACACGAAAAUAGUUACUUAUCAAUACCAAGAGAAAAUUUAAAAACCAACGUUCAGAUUUCAGGAAACCAUACAUGUAUAUCCAGUUCUGGUUAUAGCACGGACUGAUUUUUUCACAUUGCAUCCGCUCAUGAUUACUGCACAUAACAGGUAAUGGCUACCUUGAAAGAGAGAAAGAAAAAGUUUAUGCAGAAACAUUAUUAAAAUAAUGUCGAUCGAGUAGAACGUUAAUAGAAUUUCAAUUGCUUUUUCCGCCUUUUCGUGUAUCCCUUACACGUAAACUCGGCCCAGUCCUCGCUCACUUAUCUUUUCAAGCCCCUGAUGAAUGAUAUAAUAUCCCACAACCUCGUCGCCAGGGCUUUUCCCUCCAAAAAAUGGGAGGCCCCACCCAUUUUUUUGAGGGAAAAGCCCUGGGGACGAGGUUGAAUCUCCCAGGCAACACAGUAAAAAUCGUGCUUGUUUGUCAAGAUUUGUGCUGCUCGCUGUUAUGACCAAAAGACCUCUACGUUUUUAUUAUCUUAUAUUAUUUUACUGACUUGUUGCUGCAGUGUACCAAGUUUCAUCGAAAAGACUCAUUAUUGCUGAAUCAUUAUUCAUUAUUUUUUUGUUUUUGUUUUUGUUUUUACCGCGAGUCUCUUUUUUUUUAAAGUAGUAAACCAACCCUUUCCUCAAAAUUUCAGGGGACGGUGAACGAUGAAUUCACGGAAUUAUAUACAGGAAUAAUGGAAAUGUCAUUGAAAGAUGAAAGUUUAUUCGUUCCUGACGAGGACAGUGUCAGUAGCAGUGACGAGGAAUCAUCGACCGCGGUGACGGGAGAGCCUAGUAACGAGUAUAUACGAAGAGAGCACCUUAACAGAUUUCUUGAAACUUGUAACGUCCAAAAAUUAACUCGACCAAGGAAGAGAUGGGCUGAGGCAGGUGCGCGCACGCAUAGCAACCACGUGAAAAAGGCUAAAGACGUUAUUGUAGAGGCUUUAGAUGUUAUCACGCCUGGUGAUGCGGCUCAUUUAUGGGAUGCACUUCAGUCUUCAAUGCUUGUCGACAAAGAGCUUGGAUAUGAAGGUAGUGCCGACCGCAAAUAUCUUGAAGCCUUGGCAGAAACAUACAAAAAUGCAUCCGCCUGGGAUACUAAAAGACAGGUCUUGUCCAUAAUGGCUGAUCUAGUCCCCAUCGAACGCCUUCAGAGGUAUCUACCUGGUAUCACUGAGUACCGAGUGAAAACUGCGCGACUGCACAAACAUGUUUAUGGUCGAGGGAAUCCACUUCCAUCAAGGUAUAGUCCCCGAAUGAGAGUAGAGGCCACCCAGCUUGAUCAUUUUUUGACGUUUAUAACAAGUCCGCACAUCAUACAAGAUCUUCCAUUUGGGCAAAAGUACAUAAAGCUUUCAACUGGCGAAGUACUGGAGACACCAAACGUAAUUCGAAGUAUGAUUCCAGAACGUAUUGUUAAGCAGUACACUAAAUACUGCGACGAAUUCGGGUUCAAACCAUUUGGACGUACAACAAUGUUGGCUAUCCUCGCAGCCUGUAGCGCCACCGUAAGAAAGUCGUUGCAGGGAAUCGACUAUAUUGCCGCAGAAGGAGGCAAAGCUUGCGACGACCUAUGCAAUGUAGUGAAGCGACUAGAGGAAUACGGGGUAUUGAAGACAGAUGUUUCUGAGCUGUGGAGAAGUUGUGUAAAGAGUGCAAAGCAAUAUAUAAAGUCAGAUUACAAGGUAUUCGAGGCUAGUCUCAUAAUGGAACAAAACGAAAAAAAUGUCAAUUUCGAUGUAAUGUUCCUUAUAAAAUUCGGUGCGAUAGCACAGUAUGAUAGAAAAAAUAGACCUAAUUGGAUGUAUUCAGUCCACAUGACAAUUUACCGUUGGUGUCAGUUUUGACUUUUUUGUCAUGAAGCAUACUUUUGCACUAUUUUACCUUUGUCGUUUAAAAUUAUAUCGCUUAUUGCUUUUAUUACAAUUUUGUUACAUAGGUGCACGUAUCUCCCUCUUCGCCCGUGGCUGACCACUGUAGCGUAUACGCUCUAAGCGAUGACAAGGAACCCUUGUUCAGCAGCCCUUGCGAUCACGAUCAUGAUAGGACGUGCCCCCAAUGUGAAGAACUAACAGCCUUAGUGUCUGCCAUUCAAGAAUACUUAGAAAGAGAGGAUCUGGGAUUUCCAACUGCAGAGUUAGAUGACUUACGCCAUGUGGCCGAUGAAGCAGCCCAAAACAUUCUGUCUUGGAAGGCUCAUCAGCUGAGAAGCAAAAUUCAGGACAUGGCCAGAGUAGACGCACUUGAACAACUAGACAAUUCGUCUGUAAUGAUCACCCAAGACUGGGCCAUGAAAUUUUUGCCACAAAAAUACCGCGAAUCUCAGGCAGACUGGUUUGCCAAGAGAGGCAUCUCUUGGCACAUAAGCGUGGUGGCAAGAAGACUUAAUGGAAAACUUCAGAAUCAGUCUUUCGUCCACAUUGUUAAAAACUGUAACCAAGACAGCUCGGUAGUUAUCCGCAUCAUGGAACACAUACUGCGCACACUAAAAACGGAGAAUCCUGAAAUUUCUACAGCAUUUUUUAGGCAGGAUAACGCGGGAUGUUACCAUAAUGCUACCAUGCUUGCUGCAUGCCGCUCUAUGGGUGAUGUCACUGGAAUCGCUGUUUCUAGAGUAGACUUUAGUGAUCCUCAAGGUGGCAAAGGCCCGUGCGAUCGCAAAGCAGCCACCAUCAAAGCUCAUGUUCGUAGAUUUGUUAAUGAGGGACACGAUGUUCAAACUCCAAAGGACCUUGAAACCGCGAUGCUAUCAGCUGAAGGAGUACCUGGGGUAAGAGUGACACUUAUCGAUUCAUUAGGUAUCAAGGACAGCCCCAUAAAAUUGGAUGGCAUCAGCUUGAUCAACAACCUACAGUAUACUGGUGCGUCAAUGUGAGUAUGGCGAUCCUACAACGUCGGCUGUGGAAAAAUCAUCGAAAAACAGCUACCAACAGGUUGUUAUAAAUAUUUUUUUUAUACACGCGAACACAUUAAAAUACCUUUUUUUGUUCUCAGUUGCAUUCUCUCGUGUGGCAAAAACUUUCCGUACAAUAACGCGAGGACAUAUAUUUUAACUCUUACCAUCAACAUAGCUGUUUUAUAAUUUCACAGUAUGCGCAGACUUUUGCGGAUACAUUAUCGUACGCAUCCCACAAGACACUUAGGACAACAACAUAAUCAGAGCGUAACAAAGUAAGAUAAAGACGUAAGUGUGAACCAUUUGUCACAAUGUUUUCUUAUUUGGUUUCAGCUACAAACAGCUUCUGUGGUAAUUUUCAAGAGAAAUUUUCAGCCGGCGACUUCUUGGAUGUUGGUAAAGAAGGAUGUCCAGCGUUACCUCUUGAGUCUUCUAAAAAUCAAAACUUUGCUAAAGGGCCAGAGGAGGCAGAAUUUGAUCCAGGUCUUUUCCAAUGUCCUAACGAAGGAUGUGUUAAAAGUUAUCAGAGUUUUUCAGCCCUUGAAAAGCAUCUGUCUUUUGGAAAGUGUGAAAUGCGAGCAGAAAGAGUCACCCUUCUUGACCAGGCGAGGCAAUUGUACCGCGCCAAGCUAACAGAAGGAACAAGCAAAGACGUGACAAGCCAUUGUGCUGAAGCUUUUGUUUCAGAAAGCGUAGUAAACACCAGUCAAAUUGUUAAAGGGUGGGCGUUAAAGCAAACGAAAAAAUCUGGACGACUCAGCGAAUCACAAAUGGGGUAUCUUCACGAAAAGUUUAAAAUCGGUCAGAAAACAGGUUACAAACAGGAUCCAGCUUCCGUAGCUCACGACAUGCGUUACGCCAGAACGGCUGAGGGUGAACGGCUUUUCACCCGUAGUGAAUUUCUAACUGCGCAGCAAGUUCAGUCGUACUUCUCUCGACAAGCAGGCAAACUGCGCAAUCAAUCUACCGAGGAUGAGAGAAGAGAUCAUGACGCUGCUGCCGAGCAACAGCAGUACUGGGAUACUCGAGAACAAAUCCUUCGAGAGGUUCAACUGCAACACCCCAUCACCUACGACAAUUUUGACCUAUGCGAAAUGUAUCACGCAAGUUCCCUAAACAAGUUCAGUGUCAACAUGUUACAA